AUGGGUGAUUACCAUGUCCGUGAACUUGCUCAGCAGGAGGAAACACUGAAAGAAAAGGGCCGGGCACUCCGAAAAAUGCGAAACGCGGACGAAGAUGAAGCACAGCUCCAGAAACUGGAGGAAGAGCAAGAGGCGCUCCGGAAGAAAUGUUGGUAUCAGGAGUGGGAGCUCUACAAUUGGCAAUGCAGCAUUCCCAGUGGCCCUAUAAAACUUGCCUAUGAAUCAUUAAGAAAGAAUCCAAAAUGGUAUAUGCAAAAGGAACUGAUCAAGGAUUGUGCUGCGCGAGGUGGUUGCUGCGGGCGUGGCUGUGGGUGCUUCGAGAAACGCGAGUCUACUCCUGGACGAGACAUGGGAGCCGGGCACUGCACCACUGGGUGUGCAUGCUGCUUGAGCUUCCGAGGAUAUGAGCUCACUGCAACAGAGAGGGACGACAUUAGAGAUGCGCUGAAAGCGAAUCUCGAGGACCGGAAUAUGAGAAAUUAUCUUCUCACAUUGUCGCGCGCUUACUUGAUAAGGGACAAGGAGGUUGAGAAGAAGGUCGAGGAUGUCGAUUCGGCGCCAAAGCGGUCCAAAUGGAGGGAAAUUAUCGGAAGGAAGUAG